GGCACUGAAUGCCUAACGGGCACCAUGGAGUUGAAAAAGGGUAGCAGUGCCAUAACAAUAGACAUGCUUCUGAUAGUUCACCCCGAGAAGAGAAGGACAGUGCAGACAGACAGACAGACGGAGCUCACCUCUUCACCACGCCGAGGAGGAGGAGGAGAAGGAAGAGGGGGCGGAAACCAGAGGCGGCAGAAAUUGGAUGGAAAUGACCUUCCUGGAAGUCUGGCUCAGACUCAAUCCCGUCAUCAGACGCAAGUCAUCACUUCUUAUGACAACCAAGGAACGCACCUGACAGUGGAGAUCCAUCCGAGGGACACCACCCCGCAGCUGUUGAAGAAGUUCUCCUUCGAAAAACGCUUACAAGGGGAUAGAAAUGGAAACACAAGACCCCAACAGCCUGGAAGAAAAGAUGCACACGCCUACCCCUGGGACAGAUCCAGUCUGAAAUCCGUGCCAUUGGACCUGCGGCAGUUUGGGGAAUUGGAUGCCUACUCCUCCAAGGUGAAGGUCAAGACCAACUUGGAAGAACUGGUGGGAGAUUUGCUUCAAGAAGCCCAUUCGGACCUGGAGAAAGUCAGAGCCUUUUGGAUAUGGAUCUGUCAUCACAUCGAGUACGACAUCACGGGGGCCCAGGAGAAAGAUCGGCAGUCCUACGAACUCGCCGACAUCCUGCAAAACAAGAAGAGCAACUGUGACGGCUACGCUGAGCUCUUUGAGAAAAUGUGCAGGAUUGGCGGAGUGCAGUGCAUGACGGUGGCCGGCUACUCCAAAGGUUAUGGUUACCGUCCGGGACAGAGCUUCUCGGGGGAAUACGACCACGCUUGGAAUGCCGUUUACCUCCAAGGAAAAUGGCACCUUCUGGACAGCACCUGGGGAAGCGGCCUGGUGGAUCCUGUCACCACUAAGUUCACCUUCAUAUACAACGAAUUUUACUUCCUCACCCACCCCGCCCUGUUCAUCGAGGACCACUUCCCAGAGAACAAGAACUGGCAGCUACUGAAGCCGGCCCUGUCCCUCAGACAGUUCGAGAGCAACAUGUACCACAAGAGUGAGUUUUACGUCAAGGGGAUGCUCACCGCCCAGCCGGAGACCCCCAUCAUAAAAACAGUGAACGGGAAAGCCACGGUGUGCGUAGAGAGCUGCUCGCCGACCCCCUUCAUGUUCAUGCUCAACGGCAAACAGGAACACGGCCUCAUGACGCUGAAGAAGAACGGGAUGAAGCUGGAGGUCUACCCGCGGGCCGUCGGGAGCCACAAACUGCAGAUCUUCGCCAAAGGCACCACGGAUGACUACAGCUCCGUGCUGGAAUACACGGUGGAGUGCCAGGCCGUGGACGGCGGCGCCCCGCUCCCCCGGGACCUCCACCAGCCCGUGGGGCCCAGCUGGUCUUCCGAGCGGGCGGGCAUCCUGAAGCCCUCCCACCCAGACCCGGUCAUCCACACCAACGACGGGCGCUGCUCUGUCAGCUUCGCCGUGGAGGAGGGAGUCAGCGUCUUGGCCUCCCUGCAUGGCGACCACGAGCGCCUGAGCGAGGAGGAGCGGAGACGCCACAUCUUCCAGCUCCACCGGGAGAAGCGGACCGAGUUCCGGGUCCAGCUCCCCUACGCGGGGAAGUUCGCCCUGAAGAUCUUCGCCAAGAAGAGGGCAGACCCGGGGAACUACGUCUUCAUCUUCAACUACCUCCUCUGCUGCGCCAACGCUGAGGUCGAGUGGCCCGUUUUCCCCGAGAGCUUCGGCAACUGGGGGCAGGACAAUGAACUGCUGGAGCCGCUCUCGGGGGUGCUCCCGGCCAACCGCAAUGUCCCCUUCAAGCUGAAGUUGCAUGGUGUGGCCGAGGCCCUGGUGCAGGGCCAGAAUGCCUGGCCCCUCGCCCUGAGCCGCGAUGGCUACUGGGAGGGCACCUGCAACACCGCAGGCUGCCGGGAGGUCUACGUCAUGGUCCUGGAGAAUGCCAACCACCAGUUUUACUCCUACAUCUUGAAAUACAAAGUCAAGCCUCAAUGA